CCAAGAACCCUAACCCUCUGUUUUUCCUCUCUCUCUCUCUCUCUCUCUCUCUCUCUCUCGUCACUCUCAGGGUUGCAGGUGUGGUAAUGGAGGAAGAAGAGAGUGUGUUGAUUGCUAUAAACGAAGAGGAUGACUUCGACAACAUAGAAGAUGUUGAUAUGGUUGAUGCAGAAGAAGGAGAGAUUAUGGAACAUAACUCACAGGAAUCUGGGAAGGGACAGAGUAGUGUCGGAGAUGUGGGUGAUAGUAAAGAAGGGUCCUUGGAUAAGAUGCCCGAAAAUGGUAAGCCAAGCAAGAAGAAGAAGAACAAGAAGAAGAAGAAGAGAAAGAAUCGUCCAUUGCCAAAAGCAAUGGAUAUCAACAGGUUUGUUAUAGAUACUUGUCGGCGUCUGAAGGAAAAGAAGUCUUACAUGGUAUAUGCAGCUGUCGGGUGUCUCGGAGUUUCUGCCCUAAGUGAUCUUAUCAACGAGGUGGAAGCAAUCCAGUCUUGCGGAGGUCAGGUGACUGCUGAUGGAAGUAGGAAACGGACAGGUGGGGGAGUUUUGUGGAACAUCAUCAAAGCAAGACAACCCGCAUCGUACAGAGAGAUAAUGAAAAAGACCAGGGAGUUCGAGAAGCAAUUUAGGCACCCAAUUGCAAGGCAGCAACUCGGGCAGAACAAGGAAGGCUCUUCUGAAGGAAGUUUAUGUGUGUCUCCUGAUGAAGCUCCGGCCAGCGAGUUGAAUGCUAUGCCCGUGGCUGAGCAGGAAGAAUCCAAGAGGGAAGAACGGAAAUCUGUUCAUGAGAGGAUCAGGAUGCCAGUUUCAUAUGAUGACCUUUUUGUGGAGGGCCAUUCAAAUGCAUCUCAGACACAUUCAUCGGCUUAGCUUAUACAAUGUGUGCCUUAUAGAUGUUUUAGCAAGGUAUUCUUGAUAUCUCAGCACCUUGACUCUCUCUGGAUUGGAAAACAGAAGGUUCUCUCUAUAUAGCGGAAGAUAAACAUACUAGUGAGAUGAAAAAGGCAGAGGGGAACAAUUUUCUCUGUCAAUUUCCUAUGCAGGGUUCUCAUGAUA